UUAUCAGUAUAUCACAUGCCACAAUCCCUUUACCCUUGUAAUAUCAUUUGGUUUCCAUUAAUCUUUUUAAUUUGGUUUUCUAUUCUUUCUUUGUGAUGAUGAUUACUUAUUAUGUAUCAAUGGCAUGCUUCCAGAUCAGGGAUUAUAUAUUGUUUAACAACCAUAAGAAUGGCUAAUAGAGCAGAUUCAGACAUUGAUGAUGAUUUUAGCGAACUCUACAAGGAAUACACUGGUCCCCCAAGAUCUACUACCACUGGUGUGCCUGAAACCGCAAAAACAAGCAAAAGGUCCCAUGCUGGUUCAGAUGAAGAAGAGGAACCCCUAGAUCCUAAUGCCGUCCCCACUGACUUUACUAGUCGUGAAGCUAAGGUUUGGGAGGCAAAAUCUAAAGCUACUGAAAGGAACUGGAAGAAAAGAAAGGAAGAAGAAAUGGUUUGUAAAAUAUGUGGAGAAUCCAGUCACUUUACCCAGGGUUGUCCGUCUACUCUUGGGGCUAGUCGGAAGUCUCAAGAAUUAUUUGAAAGGGUUCCUGCAAGAGAUCCUCAAGUAAAAGCACUUUUCAGUGACAGGGUUAUUAGGAACAUUGAGAAGGAUGUUGGGUGCAAAAUUAGAAUGGAGGAGAAAUUUAUAAUUGUUAGUGGCAAGGACGGACAGAUAUUGUCCAAGGGUGUGGAUGCUGUUCACAGAAUUAAGAAUGAGGGUGACAAAAAAGGUGAAUCCAUUUCCAAUGCCAAUGCGGACAAGUCCAGUUUACCAAAAGGGAGAAGUCCUGUUGCCUCCAGAAUGGGACGCUCUGAUUCUCAGAAGUCCAUCCCUAGUCCAAGAAAUCCUUCACGCUAUAACCAGAGGUCUGGCAGACAAGACAAGAUCACUGAAGAGCAUGUGCGUGAGGAAUUUCAGAAGUACCCAAAGGGAUCCCCACAAGUCAGAGCUUAUGGGAAUGAUGGAGGCCGGAGCAGAUCAACACAUUCGAAAUCUCCUGCUCGCCCACCAUACACUGGUGGUUCAUGUAGCUUAAAUGAUAAUCACAGCCAGAAUAGGGCUGUGCACCGAAAUGAAAGACGCGAUGCAGACAAACGUGGACCUGAUUUGCAGUCUACCCAUAAGGGAGGCUAUUCUACCUUCUCUCAGACUUUGGAGGAACUAGAGCUGGAGUAUAAGAGCGAUGCAAUGGAUAUUGCAAAAAUUCGAGAUAAGGAAGAAGAUGAAGAAAAUUACAGGCAUCGUGAGGCUGUUAAGGAAAUUAGGGAAAGUUACACGAAGAGGUUGGCUAUGUUGCGCGAAAUGCAUGCAAAGCAGUGGGAAGAGUUUCUUCAACUCGACGUCCAAAGAAGGCGGCAACAAGCCUGUCAGCAAAUGCCUACUUCAGAGUUUGUUGGUUAUAAGCAUAAUAACAAUUAUUAUGAGUAUGGUAAUACUUCCGGAAAUCCGUAUACUAACAAUAUGCCAAUGGAGUCAAGAGUAAGGUAUCCAGAACUUGACAACUAUUCUUCUUUGAGGUCCAACAACAGUUAUGACGAGUUUCAACGCCAAAGGCACGAGGAUUAUGGGGAGACAUAUAAUCGAUAUUAGAUCAUAUAUAUUAGGAAAUCUGGGGCCAUUGCAGGUUGGGAUUGGGAAGGCAGAGUCUAGGUAAGUAUCACAAUCUAGCUUUUCUUUGGUUAUUUAUGAACUUGUUGCUACUUUUUUUUUUCUGUUCUCCUUGUUUUAGGACGUGAUUGUUGUUGAAAUCGAUGGAACAUGACUUUGUUUUGCCUUUAGAUUUUAGAUUUGGAGUUAAAUCUUCCAAUUUGGUGAAUAUUAAUUUGAUGCUUCUUGA